AUGUUGGAAGAAAUGGUUGAUGAUUAUUCUUCUUAUUUGAAACUAGAUGUCUCCAAUAGUUUCCAAACCGUUCAAGAUGUUAUUGACAAUAUGCUUACAAGACUCGAAGAGUUAACUAGCGUUUUACAAAUAAUCAAGUCUAAGAACCAGGACUGUAAUUCAUCAGUUACCAAUGAUAUAAGGAAAUAUCGCAAUGAAAUCAGUUCUUUAUCGAAGAAGAUAGCUACAUUAAAUACAGUCAUCAUGAAAUUGCGAUGCAAUGUUGAUAGAAUUGAGAAGCAAGUCGAGAAAGCAGAGGCUGAUUUUGGUAUUAUAAAUGAUAACAAGAUAAAAAAUCUAUUGAAACCAUUUCUGAAAAGAAACAGCGUGCCACCUGCUAGUAAUGUAACAAUUAAUGUUCCUGAAAAAGCCCAGUUUAUAAGUGUUUUGGAUAAUUUCGACAGUGAUCCAUCAUGA